AUGAGGUGGACAGUGAAGUCGAAGCUUGUCAACAAGGCGAUUCAGGAUAUCGGGAUGGGGAGGUACAACUGGCAGCUCUUCGUUUUGUGCGGAUUCGGAUGGUUUGCGGAUAAUUUGUGGAUGCACGGCGUUGCUCUUACCCUUCCUUCUCUCUCUGCAGAGUUUGGCAUUUCAGAACAACGCGUCCGCUACACGACGUCGUCCAUCUUCCUCGGCCUCUGCUUCGGCUCUUUCGUCUGGGGCAUCGGUUCCGACGUCCUCGGCCGGCGUGUCGCCUUCAACCUCACCCUCCUCAUCACAGGCGUCUUUGGCAUCCUGCUGGCCUUCGCGCCGACUUGGGGCUGGGUAAAUGUCCUCUUCGCGGCUCUUGGCUUCGGUGUCGGCGGCAACCUCCCCGUCGACGGCGCGCUGUUCCUCGAGUUCCUCCCGGACGCGUCGAGCAGCCUGCUGACGCUGCUGUCGGUGUGGUGGCCCGUGGGACAGCUGUCCUCGUCGCUGGCGGCGUGGUAUUUCAUCGCGAACUGGCCCGCCGAUCAAGGGUGGCGGCGGUUCGUGCUGACGAUUGGGCUAAUCACGUUUGUCAUGUUCGUUGUGCGGUUCUUUGUGUUUCGCCUCUUCGAGUCGCCAAAGUUCCUGCUCACAAAGGGCCGCCAAUCCGAAGCUAUCGCCGUCGUCCACGGCAUAGCUUCCCGCAAUGGCGCCAAGACCUGGCUCACAGAGGAAGUCCUCGAUGCCGUAGUGGACGGUGUGGUGGACGACGACGAGCAGGGGCGCUCCAGAAGCAGCCGUGCAAGUAUGCUCCAAGGGGCAGGGAGAACUACGAACGUUCUCCGCGAGAGGAUGAAGGCUUUUUCUGCAGACCGCCUCCGCCCCCUCUUCAAGACUCGCACCCUUGGCCUCGCGACCAUCAUCGUCUGGUUCGUCUGGGCAACCAUUGGCAUGGGCUACCCGCUUUUCAACGCCUUCCUCCCGCAAUACCUCUCGCACGGCGGCGCGGCCCCUCCGCCCGACGACUCCCCCGACGCCGGGGCGACGCCCAUCACCCCCGACACAUACCGCACCUACGCCAUAACCUCUGCCGUCGGCGUGCCGGGCAGUCUGCUCGCGGCCUACCUCGUUGACCACAAAUCCCCCUGGCUAGGCCGCCGCGGCACGCUCGCGUGCUCCUCCUUCAUCUCGGCCAUUUUCUUGUUCAUGUUUGUAAAGUUUGGCACCUCGCCCGCGUCGCAGCUCUUCUUCUCGUGCGUCGAGGCCUUUUCGCAGAACAUCAUGUACGGCGUGCUUUACGCCUUCACCCCGGAGAUCUUCCCCGCGCCCGUCCGCGGGGCCGGCACGGGCGUGGCGAGCUUUCUGAACAGGGCCAUGGGGUUGUUGGCGCCCGUGUUGGCGGCCAACAUGCCCGGCGAUGGGACGACGACGCCGAUUUACCUGUCGGGUGCGUUGAUCCUGGCGGCGUUUGUGGGGAUGUGUCUGAUUCCUAUCGAGACGAGGGGGCGUCAGAGACUGUAA